AUGGACGAGGAGGAAGAUAUUGACGUGGAAGAUAAGUAUGAGGGAGUAGAGUUUCCUGUAGAUGAAGGAGUAGAAAUGCUCACUUUGGUUUUCUCAAAAAUAGACAUUCGCAGUGAUUAUCACCAAAUCCUUUUUAAUCCCGAGGAUGAAUGGAAGGCUGCCUUCAAGACUAAUGAUGGACUUAACGAAUGGUUGGUGAUGCCAUUUGGACAUUCAAAUGCUCCAAGUACUUUCAUGAGGAUGAUGAACCAGAUUUUUCGUCCUUUUAUUGGGUCUUCUGUUGUGGUUUAUCUCGAUGAUAUCCUUAUUUACAGCAAGUUUAAGGAGGAUCACCUAGUUUACUUGAGUUGGAGAGAGGAACAAGAUAAGAGCUUUGCCUUCAUCAAAGAAAAGUUGUGCACAAUUUCAGCAUUAGCUUUGCCAAGCUUCGAGAAGAUCUUUGAGGUAGAGUGUGAUGCUAGUGGUAUUGGUAUUGGGGUUGUCAUUUCUCAAAAGAAGAGACCCGUGGCUUUCUUUUUAGAAAAGCUAAGUAAUGCCAGACAGAAGUAUAGUACCUAUGAUCGAAAACACAUAAGCAAGAUGCAUGCUCGAUGGGUGACUUUCUUCCAGAAGUUUCCUUUUGUGAUUAAACAUAAAUUUGGAAGUACAAACAGAGUUGCAGAUGCACUGAGUCGGAGAGCUUCCUUAUUGAUCACAUUAUCACAAAAAAUUGUUGGGUUCAAGUGCUUGAAAGAACUGUAUGCAGAUGAUCCCGACUUUAACUAG